GCGCUCCUCUUUACCACCACCCAUUUCCCGUCGUCCCUCUCGUCUCCUCUCCUUGUACGUGCUCAUUACUCUGGUGUGUAUGCCUCUCCAUUGCAUGGUCGCUCCCAUAUUCUUCUUCUUCUUCUCCGUCUUUUAAUUUAUUCUUCCUAUUUUCGCUCAAUUUUGGUGGCGAUUUCUUCGCUAUUCGUCAAGGGCUUUUGGAAAAAUUAAUUAACUGAGGAUGGAGGCGGAGACCGGGGAAUUCACCUUCAUGAACGGGGUUAUGGUGGCCCGCAACGCGCUGCCGCGGAUCCAAACGCGCGGCGGCGGCGACGCGAAAUCGAAGAAAGAGGAGAACGACAACGGGAUGUGCCAUGACGACAGCGGUCCCACUGUGAAGGCGCAGACGAUCGACGAGCUCCACUCGCUGCAGCGGAAGCGAUCGGCGCCCACCACCCCCAGGCGCCGCCGCCACCGCGUUCGCCACCAUCUCCGAGGAGGACCGCGAGAAGAUCCAGCUCCUAUCCAUCAGGUCAAAAUCCGUUUUAACCCCUUUUUCCCUCUCGAUGUUUAACCGAUUUACAUAUUAAUCAUCUACUAAUUAGUUUACUUAUGAUGGGUGAUUAAUUAAUAAUGUUUAAUUCACGACAAAUGCGUUGAAAGAGAAUGGAUGGGACAU